GUUGUCUGUGGGUUGGAAUUGUUUAUUUUAGCGAUAUUUUAUUUAUCAACAGAAAGCAAAACAGGAUUUAUAAUUAGAAUAUCACUACUAAUAAUUAUGUUCGACUUGAUUUCUACACUGUUUAAUUAAGAAAACAUAAAACAAAAACAAUUAUGAAUCUAGAGUUACUUGAAUCGUUCGGCCAGAAUUAUCCAGAGGAAUUUGAUGGAGCCCUAGACUCCAUAUCUCUGGCAGCAACAUGUGCCUUCAACAGGCGAGGCACACUGUUAGCUGUGGGAUGCAACGACGGCAGGAUAUUUAUAUGGGACUUCCUCACCCGGGGCAUUGCCAAGUCAAUUUCAGCCCACGUGUUCCCUGUUUGCAGCUUGAGUUGGUCAAGAAACUGUAAAAAGUUGUUAUCUGCAUCCACAGACCACAAUGUGUGCAUAUGGGACGUGCUGUCAGGAGAAUGUGAGCAACGCUACAGGUUCCCCACAGCCAUACUGAGGGUGCAGUUUGAUCCACGGAACGACAAACGGUUUCUCGUAUGCCCCAUGAGACAUGCAGCUUUGCUGGUCGACACUGACGGUGACCAUAAGAUAUUACCCAUAGAUGAUGAUGGCGACAUAAAUGUGAUAGCGUCGUUCGACCGGCGCGGCGACCACGUGUACACAGGCAACGCUAAGGGCAAGAUCCUGAUCCUGGACCCGCACACGCUGGCGCUGAAGGCCAGCUUCAAGAUCACCGUCGGCACCUCCAGCACCACCGGCAUCAAGAGCAUCGAGUUUGCGCGCCGGGGAGACUGUUUCCUGGUGAAUACAUCUGACCGCGUCAUCCGCGUUUACGACAGUCGCACCGUGCUGCGCAGCGGACUCAACGGGGAGCCCGAGCCCAUACAAAAGCUUCAGGACCUCGUCAACAAGACGACGUGGAAGAAGUGUUGCUUCUCCGGCGACGGCGAGUACAUCUGCGCGGGCUCGGCGCGCCAGCACGCGCUGUACAUCUGGGAGAAGUCCAUCGGCAACCUGGUGAAGAUCUUACACGGCACCAAGGGGGAGUUGCUGCUGGACGUGGUGUGGCAUCCCGUGCGCCCCAUCAUAGCCAGCAUCAGCGCCGGCGUGGUGUCGAUCUGGGCGCAGAACCAGGUGGAGAACUGGUCGGCGUUCGCGCCCGACUUCAAGGAGCUGGACGAGAACGUGGAGUACGAGGAGCGCGAGAGCGAGUUCGACGUCGAGGACGAGGACCGUUCCGUGGACCAGGCCGGCGAGAGCAAGGACGACGAGGAGGUCGAGGUGGACGUGACGACGUGCGAGGCGGUGGCCGCCUUCUGCAGCUCGGACGAGGAGGGCGAGGACGAGAACAUGCUCUCCUUCCUGCCCAUCGCGCCCGAGAUCGAGGACCCGGAGGACGGCUGGGCGGCCACGCAAGAGACGGUGACGCCGAGCGAGACGCCCGAGGUGACGGAGCCGGCGGCGAAGCGCCCCAAGAGCAAAACUUACGAGAUCUCACUCAAACUCACACCCACUGAACACACACUACCAUUUGGAGGAAAGAAUAAACAGACGGCGGGAAAUAAGAAAGUCGCCGGCCGACCUAGGAAGUAGAUCGUAAAAUAAUAAUCAGUGAUUUUCUAUGUAUAAUAUAUAUUUAAUUAUA